UUGAUGGGCCUUGCUAUCGCUAAUGAUUUCCCAGGAUGGGAGGAACCCCACCCCCAAUCCCGCCUCCUUGGUUAUGCCCUCUGGCUGCCAAGGGGGAGGGUGACAGAGUCAGCUGGGCUCAGCCUCAAGGGGACCAGGUAGGAUGCAUGCCAAGUUUCUUCGGUAAGGGUGGCAAUGGGGCUCUGGGCUGGCCCAGGCUGGGGGAAGGCGUCAGAGAUCACUGUAGUACAGAGACACUGGGACCAGGGGAGAGAAGUCACUGUGUGGAGAGAUGCCCUCUUCACAGUGAUGUCGCUCUUCUGGUGAGCUGGGAGAAAAUUUGGGUCUGGGUAUCUUCCCACACUGGUCCUGGUAGGCCCCAACUCCCUUCAGGUAGCUAAGAUCUGAAGGACAGAGUUAGCUGCAGAAGAACAACCCAAAUCCACUGACUGCCCUCCUGAGCCCCACUGCUGCCUGCUACCUACUACUCCCUGGGCUGGACCAAGGGAUCUCUGGAAGAAGCCAGGCUGGCCUAGGUUACCUCCAGAUGCAUCCUCUCAACCCCUACUUGUGCCUCAACCAUUGCCCUCCCCAUUCUCUGCUUUCUUUCCCCAGGUUAGGGCUAGGCGGCCAGGGAAAUCCAGCUACCCUCACUCUGCCCUUUCUGCCUCUAGGGGGACCAUGGCCGGUACAGAGUCCUUACUGUUCACAACCUUAGGCACCCACUCAGAUCCUGACAACAGUGAGAUGGAACUGGACUGCCAGUUUAACGAGGAGUUCAAGUUCAUCCUGCUGCCCGUGACCUAUGCAGUUGUCUUCCUGCUGGGCCUAGGCCUCAAUACCCUGACCAUCUGGCUCUUCCUCUUUCGCCUCCGACCGUGGGAUGCAACAGCCACCUACAUGUUCCACUUAGCCCUGUCAGAUACUCUGUAUGUCCUAUCACUGCCCACUCUUGUCUACUAUUACGCAGCCCGCAACCACUGGCCCUUUGGCACUGGGCUCUGCAAGUUCAUCCGCUUUCUCUUCUAUUGGAACCUCUACUGUAGUAUUCUUUUCCUCACCUGCAUUAGUGUGCACCGCUACCUGGGCAUCUGCCACCCACUGCGGGCGCUGCGCUGGGGCCGCCCACGCCUUGCUGGCCUUCUCUGCCUGGCAGUUUGGUUGGUCGUAGCUGGCUGUCUCGUGCCCAACCUGUUCUUCGUCACCACCAGCCCCAAGGGGGACACCGUCUUGUGCCAUGACACCACUCGGCCUGAGGAAUUUGACCAUUAUGUGCACUUCAGUUCGGCAAUCAUGGGGCUGCUCUUUGGUGUUCCCUGCCUGGUCACUCUUGUCUGCUAUGGACUCACGGCCCAGCGCCUGUAUCGGCCCUUGCCAGGGGCCACCCUGUCAUCUUCCCGUCUGCGCUCUCUGCGUACCAUCGCUGUGGUGCUGACUGUCUUUGCUGUCUGCUUUGUGCCUUUCCACAUCACCCGCACGAUUUAUUACAUGGCAAGGCUGUUAGAAGCUGACUGCAGGGUGCUGAACAUCGUCAACUUGGUCUACAAAGUGACUCGGCCUCUGGCCAGCGCCAAUAGCUGCCUGGAUCCUGUGCUCUAUUUGCUCACUGGGGAAAAGUACCGACGUCGGCUCCAGCAACUCUGCAGGGGUAGCAGGUCCCGGCCUCCCAGGGCUUCCUCCUCUCUGGUGCUGGUGUCCCUGCCUGAAGACAGCAGAUGCAGGUGGACAGCCACCCCCCAGGACAGCGGCUGCCCCACCCCUCGGGCAGAUAGUUUGUAACAUUGGAAGCUGGGAAGUGAGAGAAAGGGGGUGAGUGCAGGGCAGAGGGGAGGGAACCUAAUAGUGACACCGGAUCUGGCUGCUUUUUCCUCUUCUCUGGGCUCUGGAAAGAGGCCCUCAUGUUAAGGUUUAGGAGGAGCCAGAGAAAUCACAUGUGACCCUAUCACUCCUAAACCCUUCAGUUGCCCUCUCCUUUUUAGCCCAAAACACUAGAAGCCACUCUUUUUCCUCAACUCCUUUCUCUUGUUUCUGUCCCAUUCCUGGGGCCACUGGUCCUGUUUCUUAGUCCUACAUUACUUCUGGCCUCUCCCCCUGUUUCCUUGUACAGCAUGCAUUUCUUCAGCCAGACUAGAGCAUUUAACUGGAGAGGUGGAGAAGCUGGGGUGAUCUCAGGAUUGGGCUGACUUAUUUGAUGGUGAUAGCCAGAAUCAAGAAGUGGGGGCCUCAGCAUAUCACAGGUGCCUGGGAUGUGACAUAUAUAGCGCCCACACCCACUCCCUGGUUUCUCCUGGAAGACAGGAUAGUCCUGCUUACUCAGGCACUGACCUAGGGCACAGUCCAGACAGCCUACCUUCCAGGGUCCUCACAUGCAGCUGGAGACAUGGCUCUGUUGAGUGGUAUGUAGCCACGACGUAGAGAGGGAGCCCUCUCAUGGGGUGGAAGUCUUCUCAUGGGAUGGGGACCUUGAGAAGCUUCAGGGGCAGGACCCAGGCUGAUAAUGGCCUUUGGAACAGGAAUGGGAUUGGCCCUUCUUUAUGAUGUUUGCUGAGAACAUAUUUGACAGCUCUCCUGUACUUAAUGAAGGGCAGAGUGGAUGGCUCAGAAUAGGAGGGAGGAGCUCUCGUGUCUAUGGCAUAAAUUCCAGCACCAAAGGGUGGAGCAGGUUUGUGCAGAGAUCGGGGUGGUGACAGGGACUGAGGCCCACAGCUGGCUCUUCACUGGUCACUCCCCUUUCUCUGGCUCCUGUCCUAGAUAAAUGAUAAAUCUGUCACCAGCUCUUUCAGAUCAGGCUUUAGGACUUUGAGGACAGGGCAAGGCACAGGGGCUAGGACAACUUCCCUCAGAGUUUGCCAUCCAGUCACUCCUCUCUAGCACCAUCUUUGUGCUUACAGGCUGCUAGGAGUAGAGGUGGGAUGUGAAACUUGAGGAACUAACCCUCAAGCCAUGGGAAGAAUUUCUGGGCAGGCCUCUGUGAGAAGGGUAGGCUUACCCUUCCAGGCAUCCGCUGUAAAUCGCCUUCCAGCCCUUUGGUCUCCUGAAUCUCCAGCCUUCCUUUCCUUUUGCCCUGCCCUUGCUGACCUGACUUUGAUCCCUUACUUGUCUCCUGGCUUCUAUGGGAUCUCUGUAGAGAGUAAGGUUAGGGCUGGUCUGCAGAAAAACAAGGCUCCAAUGUCCCUGAGUCUCCUUUUGCAUUCUUUUAAGGGCUCCCUCUUCCUCUCUAGAUAUCAAGGCCCGCUUUCCUUUUCCUUUGUCCUUCUUCAUCACUUUCAGUCUCUUCUGUAACAGAUUUCAUUUUGUCUUUAAAAAAAUUCUAUUCAUCUUAUUCAUUUCACUGUCAAAUUUCUGGAAAGAGUACCAUGAAUCCCAUUUCCUCACCACAAAGUCAUCCCCUAACUCUCUGGAUCUGGUUUCCUUCCUAUACUUUUCUGUACCUAGAACACAAAUUGCCUCAUAAGGAAAACCUUUAGGGGUCUUUUCUCUGCCUUCAUCCCCUUUGACUUUUAUGCUUUGCUUAACCCUAUUGCAUACCUACUUUAAAACUUUUUUUAUAAAAGCAGCAUUAAAAAAUUCCACUGAUUCCUGAAUCAUGAAGAUCCCCUGGAGGAGGAAAUGGCAACCCACUCCAGUAUUCUUGCCUGGAAAAUCCCAUGGACAGAGGAGCCUGGCUGUCUACAGUCCAUGAGGCUGCAAAAGAGUCAGACAAGAUUCAGCAACUAAACAGCAACAGCAUGACAAUAUUAAAUAAAAAUUUGGAAGAAAAUAUUCACCUCUACUUCACAACCCUAGACAAUUCUUUUCAUUUUUCCAUGUUCCAUGCUUCUCUAGUUUAUAUAAUACAUAUAUGUACAAUCAGUGUACAUAUAUUUUAAAAUUCUUAAAAAAAAUUUUUAUUGCAAAUACUCUCCUUGUGUUACAGUCUUUCAUAUUCAUUUCAAUGAUGACAUAAAAUUCCAUCCAUCAGUAGAUCAUAUUUUAUUUGACUAUUCUCCUAUUAUUGGUCAUUUAGGGAACUCCCAAUUUUUCUGUGCUUUGAAUGUUUUAAUGCAUAUAGGUUUUUCCUUCUUUGUAAUUCUCUUCCUAGGACAAGUUCCCAGGGGUGGGAUUACCAGAUCAAAGAGCAUGAGUGGUUUCAUAGAGCUUGAUUUCCCAAAGGACAGCACAAAUUUUCAACAUCACAAUGACACAUGAGUGUUCAGUUCCCUUGUAGCCCUGGCAUUAGACUUUAUAAGAAAUCUUUUUGGAUGGCUUAAACAUUUAACUUAUUUCAUUUCUUUGAUUACUCAUGGGAUUGAACACUUUCCCACAUGUUCACUAUUUGCAUUUUCUCUUGGGUGAAUUGUCUGUUCAUAUCCUUCUUGAAUUGGUAUCUUAGUGGUAUUCUUUUCUAUCUAAAUGUAUUCUUUAUUUGACAUACAUGUUAACCCUUUGUCAUAUUUGAUGUAACUAUUUCUUCCAUUUAUUGUAAUACUUUUAACUUUAGUUCCUUAUUUUAUCUCCUUGCUUUAAAAUUUCUCUCUGGUAAUUUGCAACCUUGUGAAUAUAGUAAAAAUUAUUGAAUUGUAUACUUAGAAAUGGUGAAUUCUAUAGUAAAUAAACUACAUCUCAA